AGAAUAAAAAUUUUACCCAGUCCUUACAUUUUUUGAAUACAUUGCCCGCCAUUCAUUUAAAUUCGACAUCACCGUACCUCGUGGCCCGGCUCUCCCGAUGUCCCACGUCAGCACUUCAGGGCAUUUGCGCUUUCGCCAGGGAUGAGAAUCGGAAUCCGUUCCGCCGCGAUCGUUGCAGCGCUUUGGUGCGCGGCAUCCGCAGAAGCAGACGCCGCUGCUGGCAUGUCCGCUGCCCAGACGCUCCCUCCAUUUGGCGUCAAGCAUACCCUGACGUAUCAAAAUUACGGCGACGACCCGUACAGCAAGGAGAACAAGUUGCCCAACACGGACGUCACGCUGUACCCCGAGACGCAGAACAUUCCGUUGGACCCAACACUGUCGCACCUUCGACCUCCGCCACCUCGUAUUCCCGGGACUUUUGAAAUGUUCGUGGGCCUGUCCGUGUUCCGCGACGGCGUUCGAUGUGGAUACACGGUGUUCACAGGUUUCAAGCGGGCAAAGAACCCAGACCGGUUGCACUUUGGCAUUGUCGAUCAAGUGAACCCUGGCGACUUGAAGUGCAUCGACGAGUACUGCAAGCUGGCCAAGGUCGAAUGGCCCAACGAAGAGUGCAAGUACAGGUCCCAAGUCCGCGUGGACGAGCGCGUUGCCAACGACUCACGCGGCCCGACGUUGGCGCGUCAUUACCAGCAAAAGCUGGUGGGCGACCAAGAGUUUUGCCUCCAGCUUGACGCGCACAGCGUGUUCACGAAUGACUGGGACGUCGGCAUUGUCAAGGACUGGACAACUCUCAACAACGAAAUGGGCGUCCUCACAACGUAUCUUCAUGGCCUGAACAACUUCGUCGGGGACGACGGCACCAACAAGCCGCCGGAUCACUUGCCGCACAUUUGCCAGACGAUGCGCGGCGGCAACGGCCUUGUGCGCAGUAUCGGCGCCGAUUUGAUCUUGCAGCCCAAGCACCCUCAAAUGGCGGCGCUGUGGGGAGCAGGUCUCUCCUUCAGCAAAUGUCAUGCGGAGAAGCGAGUUCUGAUCGACAACCACAAUCAUUGGGUGUUUGACGGAGAAGAAUUCUUGCGUGCGUCGCACCUGUGGACGCACGGGUACGACAUGUACUCGCCUAGCAAAGUCGGGUCAGUCGUGUACCACAACUACACGUCGGUGCCAGCUCGCUUUGAACACAUCCAGUUCGACGCGAAUCUCAGGAAGAGGGAAGAAGAAAUGGGCAUCAACCGAUUCAAGUUUGUCGUGGGGUGGCCGUUCCAGGGUCUCAUGGAUUCGUACGAGCUGGACAAGUACCCGUGGGGCACGGCACGAACACUGCACCAAUACCUUGACUUUGCUGGCAUCACGUUCGAACCGGGACAAAAGGACAAGGGGUCGUGCAAGCAGCUCCAUUGGGUUCCCUACUCGGAUGCAUCUUCUGUCGAGGCACUUCUCCCAGGGUACACCAUGAUGCCACCCCCGACAACGGUCACACCCACCACCACGACUCGUGUCGUUUUGCCAGUGGCAACAACUUCUGCCCAUCCUCUGGUCCUUGCGAACAACCAACACUUGCGGCAACAUUCGCGCAAACCACAUCAUGUCAGCGUCCUCGCCGUCGGAGUCGUGGUCACGGUCGUGCUCGGCGUUGUUGUCUACACGAACGACGGCCUCUGGCGCCGCGCCCGCCGCCUCUUCCGCGCCAAGAAGACCGAAGCCGAGCUCUAGGUGUCGAGCUGUAUUUGUCGACUUGCUGGGGUGACUGUGAAUUUGCGCGGUGGAAGCAUAUCUUCCGGAUAAUAUCUUCCAUGAUUGGCUCGAUUCGAAUUAUCCGAAUUUUGUCAUGACUUGGUGUUACUACGAAGCGUUUCACUUCCCCAA